CACCGCUGGAAUAAUCAAGCUGAAACCGGUUCUUGCCCGUUGUUCUGGAGUGGAGACUACGCAAACAUUACGCAGGAGUUACGCAAACAACGCAGAACUUUCUUGCGCGAGGCGUACAGCGUAGCUUCAAACUCACAGAUCACGGUCUCCGCGGAGCAAUGUGAUAUUGAAAACUUGUGUAACCUACGCACUCCUGCUGUUUCACCUGCAGUUUAGCAGCCCUGUAACAUGUUUUGAUUGCUUGAAAGGAAAUUACGCAGUUUUAGACAUCGAAAAACAGAACAAUUGAAUCCGUGUAGAGUGACAGAAAGAGCGAGAAUCAUGAUGAAGAUCAGUCCUCAUUCACUGUUUCUCUUCGGUCCUUAACAGACAGUCUGGAAUCUUUGACGUGUAAGAAGACAUCACGACGGCCAUAGAAGAGAUAAAAAGGAGGGAGUUGAGCUCUUCCUCUGUGCAAGCUUCAUCAUCCUCCUCUUCAUCCGCAAUGGAGCUUGCCCUGCAGUAAGAGUGUGAUAAAGAGAGAUGCAAGAGAAAAAGGACCCUCAGCCCAAAUCUGCCAGCAGCCUGGGAAAGGCUCAUCCUGCCCUGAAGGCCUUCAUGUGCGGCUCUCUCAGUGGCACCUGCUCCACUCUGCUGUUCCAGCCGUUGGAUCUGGUGAAGACCAGACUGCAGACCCUGCAGAACAACAUGCACCCGGGUGCUCCUAAAGUGGGGAUGAUUACAGUGUUUUUAAACGUGAUCCGCACAGAGAAGCUGUUUGGCCUGUGGAAGGGGGUUUCACCGUCGUUCAUGCGCUGUAUCCCUGGUGUAGGGAUCUACUUCAGCACAUUUUACUCGCUGAAGCAGCAUUACUUCGAGGAUGGGUCUCCGAGCGCUGGGGAGGCGGUGUUGCUCGGGGGAGGGGCUCGUUGUGUGGCAGGGGUGGCCAUGCUGCCCAUCACAGUCAUUAAGACUCGCUUUGAGAGUGGGCGGUACAAUUACGUGAGCGUAGCCGGAGCUCUUAAAAGUGUGUGUCAGAACGAAGGUCCCAGGGCUCUUUACUCCGGGCUCACGGCGACUCUGCUCAGAGAUGCCCCGUUCUCUGGCAUCUAUGUCAUGUUCUAUAGCCAGGCCAAAAAGGCUUUACCACAGGAGAUCAGCUCUUCAUCCUUUGUCCCGCUGGUUAAUUUUGGCUGUGGUGUGGUGGCUGGUAUUUUGGCCUCUCUAGCCACUCAGCCAGCGGAUGUGAUCAAAACCCACAUGCAAGUCAGCCCCGCAUUGUAUCGCAAGACCAGUGAUGCUGUACGCCACGUUUAUGCUAAGCAUGGCUUGAGCGGGUUCUUUCGGGGGGCGGUUCCUCGUUCUCUGAGGAGAACCCUGAUGGCUGCCAUGGCCUGGACUGUGUACGAGCAGCUGAUGGCACACAUGGGCCUGAAGUCCUAAAGACACCUGACGCACUUUUUUUGUAGACUUUUCAAACACUGGCAAAAGAUGGCGUUCUGUCAUCCUCGAAGAGUUGAUCAAAUUGAAAGCAGCUAGUGUUGGCUGAGGUACCGGUAAUAGAAGGCUUGUGUGUAUGUGUUUGUGUUUUAAGUGUAGUGUGUCUUUACCCCAUGACACCUCUGACAGUGACAUUCCUAAAUUGCCACAUUGUCAGCUUGUCUGCCUUGUUGAUGCCUGCGCACUGAAGAAUACCAAUGAGAGACAGACUGCUAAAUCAUGUCCCGUCAGCUCACAUGAAAUCACUCAUGAGAGAAUCCUCCUCACUAACCAAUGAACUCAAUAUACCACAUGACCGUGUCAUUAAAAAGUGCCCACCAUUGCAGGUCUUUUGGAAAUGCACAACUCUGUGUCUGAGACCAUUAAGCCUAGUCCACUUUUAGUCGAGGAUGAAGCAAGCGGGUGUCCGAGACAUGUUGACCUAAUGUUUCAGUGCUCCGACAAUCAGACCGAAUUACUCUAGAGCUGAGAAACUGAA